AUGGUGCUUUUCAAUCGUCAAACAAUGAAGGAAAAGAUUUCGGAAGCAAGCUUCGUGACGAGCUUGGAAGAUGCCUGCCGGGUAGACCAAUGCACACAAACUCCUCCAAGCGGCAAGCCGCGUCCGCGCACCUUGCAAAGGUACCUCACAUCAGACCACAUCUACGAGCGAUCACCUCACAGAUACCGUCUCAAGCACGACUCACGACCAAAGAGUCUAUUGACCGACUCCUACCCCUUCAUAGCGAAGCCACCGAGUUAUGAGUACUCAAAGUUCAAAGUAAGUGUAACAGACAGUCCCACAAUAUCUCUGACUCCACCCCACAGCUUAGAAUACGUAUGUUCUAAGGGUGGUGGAAGCCCCAACGGCAGCGUUACACCUAACGGGAUGGCGUCCAACAAGUCCGCGGCAACGGUACUGCUCAGCCCGAGCUAUCUACAGAACCCUUGUCAAUGUAACCAAUCCAUUAAGAGCGUUAGUGAAGUAGCUCUCACAAUGCCAGUAUCCCCCGGCUGGAACGAGGAACAGCCACAGAGCUCUGAGGGUCUCUCGUGGCGACGGCUGCACAUGUCGCGCGCAAAGCUUAAAGCCACCGCUACCACCUCUGAACUACUCUCUGGUUUCGCAAUGGUGGCAAUGGUGGAACUUCAAAUAAACGAGCCGACGAACGUACCCGAAUGGUUAUUCGUGAUGUUCGCAGUCUGCACCACGGUACUGGUCGCAGUGCACAUAUUCGCUCUCAUGAUCUCGACAUACUUGCUGCCCAACAUCGACGCAGUCAGCAAGAUGGAAACUCCUGGAGCCCCCGCCAGAAUGUUAAGAGACUCGCCUCAUGAAAGAAUGAGAGGAUUCAUCGAACUGGCUUGGGCUUUUAGUACAGUUUUAGGUCUUUUCCUCUUCUUGGUGGAGAUAGCGAUCCUUUGUUGGGUGAAAUUCUGGGACUACUCGUUCGCAGCCGCCACCGCUGCAACAGUCAUCGUCAUACCAGUAUUAAUAGUUUUCGUAGCGUUUGCAAUUCACUUCUAUCAUUCUUUGGUGGUGCAGAAGUGCGAGACCUCACAUCAAGACAUAGAGCAAUUAGAAAGCAUGAAGCGGGAUUUAGAUACUGCUACUGUCAAGGUUAACAUGUUUUAA